AUCUGUCCACAGCCACCAGUUCUCCUAUAGCUCAUCUCUCUCUCCCUCUCUCUCUCUCUCAAUAACGGAUACUUUACGAUUAUGGAUUACAUGAAUGAAGAGUACACAGAGCCCGUGAGUCCUGCUGGAAGAUACUUCAACAGCUCGGUGAUAUGUUCAUAUUGUUUUGGGUUUUUAGAAUCAGAAGUUCCCAUUGAUGACUCUCAAACUAUCUCUCUGCUUCAACAUGUCUUCCUCCCUAUUAACCCUCGCUUCUCCUGUAUCAUGGUUAAGGACGAUGAUGGGAACAUGAUAUGGAAGCGAGUUGAGGUGAGGCCUGAAGAACAUGUGAAGGUGCCAAUAUUUCCUGAAAACGCUUCAUCAUCAUCAGGAUUGUAUGACCAGUAUUUUAGUGACUAUGUUUCAAGGAUUCUCACAGAGAAGACGCCAAGCGACAGACCACUGUGGGAAUUCCAUGUGAUUAAGUAUCCAACAAGCACUGCUAGUGGCACCCUCAUCAUGAAACUUCAUCAUUCACUUGGAGAUGGUUAUUCCCUCAUGGGUGCUCUUCUUUCUUGUCUUCAUAGAGCCGAUGAUCCUUCUAUUCCAUUAUCAUUUCCUUCGAGAAAACCAUCAGAACCUGUACAAUCUUCCACCAGACAGAACGUGUUUAGGAGGUUGCUUUCAGUUAUUUCCUCCUCUUUCAACUCCAUAUCAGAUUUUGGGUGGAGCUUGAUAAAAUCUGGUAUGAUUCAAGAUGACGUAACACCCAUAAGAUCUGGGUUGGAAGGAACUGAGUCUCAGCCUUUUACCUUAUCAGACAUAUCAUUCCCCCUUGAAGCUUUCAAAGAAAUCAAGUCAAGGCUUGGGGUGACAACAAAUGAUGUGCUUACUGGCAUGAUCUUCUAUGGGAUUAGGCAAUACAUGCAAGAGAUGAAGAGCAAGGGGAAAGCAGAUUCCACGGCGGUGGUGAUGUUCAAUACAAGACAGAUUGAAGGUUAUCAAUCAGUGAAGGAUAUGCUGCAGCCUAAUUCAAAGAGUCGGUGGGGGAAUCAAAUUUCCUUCUUGCAAGUAUCAAUUCCUAAGCUGAAUCAAGCCAGUAUUUCCAACCCCCUUGAAUUUGUUUGGAAAGCCCACAAAUUAAUUCAGAAGAAGAGGAAAUCUUUCAGUGUUUUUCUCAUUGGCUGGCUUCUGGGUCUGGAGAUGAAAUUCAGAGGGCAUGAGGCAGUAGCAAAACGAAUGUACAGCACACUAUGGAAUUCAAGUGUGGUAAUCUCGAGCUUGAACGGCCCUUUGGAACAGAUGGCUCUCGCAAAUCAUCGCGUCAAAGGCUUUUACUUCACCAUGACUGGUGGUCCUGAGAACGUGAACAUAUCAAUCAUGAGUUAUAUGGGAACGCUGAGGAUUACAUUGAGAACACUGAAGGGUUUUGUAGAGGAGCACAAGUUCAAGCUGUGCAUGCACAAUGCCUUUCAGGUCAUUCAUCAAGCAGCUAUGAACGCCCCGGCGAAAAACCACUCAUUUUAAAAACUAAUCAAUAAAACUCUACUUUCAUUACCUUUUAGUUUUUUUUUUAUUUCUUCUCAAAUGUAAUAUAUAUAUAUAUAUAUAGUCCGUUUAAUUUGAUGGUAGAAUCGUCCAUUACCGGAGAAAUGGUUCGCCAUCAAUACCGAUCACAUAUUAAUUGGUCAUGUGCACUGAUAUUCAGACUCGGCUUCUUUUCCUUGGAAGUGAUCAUUAUUAAAUGGAUUGACUCUAAUAA